AUAAACUCCUGAUUCGAUCAUGGAAGCCUCCUCCUUCUUCAUGGAAACAUUUGAUUGCAUGCAAUGUGUUUUCUGUUAAUCUAUCUACAGAGCGGGCUCCUUUAUUAAGAUAUUUACAUAUAUAAUUAAAUGUGCAUAGCUCAAUUCGAAUAAUCCACGAAGGAAUAUGGUUUAGACGCCAACUGCUCUUCGACGCCCACUCUUUGGCGGUUUAUCGUUCGCAUUGAGUGUUCCUGUUUUCAUUUCUCCAAUUUCCAACUUUCCUGAGCUGGAUUCCCUUUGAUCGGUUUUGAAUUUGUGAGUGGCAUUUUCAAUUAAAUGAUUUGAUCCCUCUUUUUUUCCUUCAUUUUUUGUGUGGGGAAGCAGUUAUUUCACCGAUCAUCAUAGUGGUUUGUAUGAAAGAUUUGAUCUUUAUUCAAUUUCUUGAUAUGGGGUAGUUGUUGGGAUUUGGAUUGCUUGGUAGAAAGAGAUGGGGCUUUUUUGGGGAGCAUUUGGGUUUUUUGAUGGAUUAGUGUAGGUAGCUUUUGAGGUUUUUGAUGUAUCAAAUUUGUGAUUUUUAUGUGAUUUGGAGAUUCUGUUAGUUAAAGGUGUUUGUUGGUUUUGUAUUUGAAUAUUUUUGGGAGCAUUUGGAUUGUUUGAUGGAUCAUUGUGGUUAGUCUGUUUUGAGUUUUUUGGAGUGUCGAAUUUGUGGAUUUGAUGUGUGUUUGAAGGUUGUGCUAGUUGGGGGUGUUUGGUUUCUGUCAAGAUGCAGGCUGUGGGGAAGCUAGGUAGCUACAUUAGUAAGAGUGUGUACACGGUUUCCGGGACUUUCCAUCCGUUUGGUGGCGCUGUAGACAUAAUCGUGGUGGAGCAGCCAGAUGGGAGCUACAAGUCUUCGCCAUGGUAUGUUCAGUUUGGGAAGUUUCAGGGGGUGUUGAAGAUGAAAGAGAAGGUGGUUGGCAUUAGUGUGAAUGAUGUCGAGGCGGAUUUCAAUAUGCACUUGGAUAGUAAAGGAGAGGCAUUCUUUUUGGAGGACAUUGAGGCAGCAGAGGAAGGUGAGUGUGGAGCCUCGUCUCCACACUCAUCCGGUGAGGAGACGGAAGGGAAGCCUAGAUGGCUGAUGAAAUCGAAAAGUUGCACCUGUGAUUCUGGUUUGUUUGAACCCGUUGUUGCUGAAGAGAAGGUUUUGAGUAGGACGAACACUCGCAAGUCUAAUCUUUUUGGCAUUUUUGGAAAGAGAUCUCCGGCAGAAGAGGCCGUUCAAGGGAAAGAAAAUGCAGAUGAUGCUAACGUAGAAGGAUCAUUAGAGGUUGCUGAGAUGGCGGCUGAUCUCUUGGACUUGAGGUGGUCUACUAAUCUUGGUUCCCCCAAAUGCAAGAAAGACGAUUGUGAGCCAUUAUCCGAUGCAGACACAUUGAGAAAAGUAGUCAAGAAAAGUCCUCUGUUUGAUGGCUCUAGUCAUGAUGAAAUAAGCCUUAUGAAGAGCAAUGUCGAGGCGAAUGGUGUUACCUCGGAGUAUACUGUUUCCCCUUCAGUCGACAGUGUAGGAGAAUAUACCACUUUAACAAAGCUAGAACCGGUGAUAUCAGAAUUAGGCUUAAAUAAAUCAGAUUUGCAGCUGAGUUCUGUGGUUUCUGAGGCUACAAAAUCUGAUACGGAUAUUGAUGACUGUAUUGCGAGGCUUAAUAGUUUGUCCGAUGCUAAUUUCUCUGUGGAGGAGAAUGGAAGAGAUAAUAGUCACUCUUUCUGCUCAUCUGUUGAAUUAGAGGGAUCAUCCAAAGAGAAAAUUCGGCCGUUUUGUCAUAAAGAAUGCAGAGAAGUAUGCAUUUAUUCCGGGGAUCAUUUCACGGUCGUCCAUGAAGAAAAGAUGUCCGUGAGUGGAGGAACUAGUAAUGGUGUACCCGCGGAUGUACAUACUAUUUUGGAGGAUAAUGACAAGAUUGUUUAUGAUCCCCAUAUCGAAAGGUGUACUGUUCCACCUUCGGUUGGAGCAUCAACGGUUUCAGAAGAAGAUCUAUGCCUCUUCGGUGAAAUGGAUGGUCUUCGUCCCGCUGCGAAACGCUUGGAACUCAGUGAAACUGAUCAUGAGGGGAAAGAAGCCUCCGAUUUCUUACUUAUGAGAAGAGUUGCUGGUCAAGACACCGAGUCGAGUGAUGCAAAAUGUUGCUCCAUUUCUUCAUUAGAGAAAUCUGAAACGAAUGACUAUACAAAUGAUGUGUGUUUAGACCCUAGAAUGCUGAGUUCUAUGUCUAAUGAUGUCCGCGUUACAGAGACUGGCAACGUAAGCAUUAGAACUGCGAGAUCUUUGCCCAUCAUGGAUUCCGUAAGCAAUACUCUUGAAGUAACUGAUCCCAGCCACCUCUCGAAUGCUUCACUAAAUCCAGAUGUGGACGUAUGUACAGAAAAAGAUGAUCAACCGCCGGGUGCUCAAAGAACAGCUGGUGAACCUCCUAAGCCAGGAUACCCUCCAAAGUCUGGGGAUACUUUAUUAGGAACUGGUGGAAAGGGCCACUUCAGAAGAUCAACUGCCACUAAAAUUCCGGAUGUGAUGGAUUCUAGUGAAAAGGCGAGUGACUUAGACAUUUCAAAUGGACCUAGUGACGUGGAGAGCGGGACGAAUGUGACCAAAGUGAAGGGAACCAAGAAGAAAGUAAAGACACUAACUCCAACAUCUAAACAUCUGCAAUCCUUACAGUUAAAAGAAGGGAAGAAUGUUGUGAUAUUCACCUUCUCGACUGCCAUGCUGGGCAAGCAACAGGUCGAUGCCCGAAUUUUUCUGUGGAGAUGGGACUCUAAAAUUGUGAUAUCUGAUGUUGAUGGGACAAUUACACGUUCUGAUCUUCUAGGUCAGGUCAUGCCCUUGGUUGGCAUGGAUUGGUCGCAGACAGGUGUCGCGCAUCUCUUCACGGCAAUAAAGGAGAACGGAUAUCAAUUACUUUUCCUAAGUGCACGUUCGAUUUCUCAGUCUUACAUCACUCGACAAUUCCUUGUUAAUAUCAAACAGGAUGGAAAAGCCUUACCAGAUGGACCCGUCGUCAUCUCCCCUGAUGGACUGUUUCCUUCUCUAUUUCGAGAAGUUGUUAGAAGAGCUCCUCAUGAAUUCAAAAUUGCUUGCCUGGAGGACAUCAGGUCAUUAUUUCCACGUGAUAGAAAUCCACAUCCAUUUUAUGCGGGAUUUGGGAACAGAGACACAGAUGAGGUUAGCUACAUCAAGGUUGGAAUUCCGUUGGGGAAAAUAUUUAUCAUAAACCCAAAGGGAGAGAUUGCUGUAAACCGUCAUGUUGAGACCAAGUCUUACACUUCUCUCCAUGCGCUUGUCAACGGAAUGUUUCCUAACAUGUUUACCAGUGAGCAGGAAGAUUUUAAUUCAUGGAAUUUCGGGAAACUUUCACCACCUUCUGACGGCAAAUAAAGGUUAAGUAGUUUGAGGCGGACGCAGUCAGGCAGGCAUCGUAUUCAACAACUGAAGUAUUGAGGGAGACUUCUUUGCGAAAUACUAUGAUUUUGUUUCCGACUCCAGCAAUGGUUGAAUUUCCUGUCUCGUACAAAGCUUACCACGAAAGGAGAUAAUGUGUUAGUCUCUUGCUGACAAUGCCCUUGGUUCAAACGGUGGAGUUGCUGGUAUAUUGCUCAAGAAAGUCGAGUUUGGACUGAUAUUAUUAGGCUAGUUGAAUAAGCUGUUCAACGUAUUAUUUCAAAGCUCUAUACCUUGCAAUGUUGUUAGUAGAUGAUGAACGAAUGUGUUCCACUUCCACGUUUCCUCUCGUUGAUAUAGAAGUUUCGCAGUAUCAUGUAAAUGUUGAGAAACGGAUUACUAGAUUUGAAUCCAUUAGUGUUUUAAGGUGAA